GCCAACUGCAGCUGGGAUAAAGUGAUCGUAGACAGGACUGGCAAGGAGGCGGGGCCUGCCGGAGCCGAGACGGAGCCUGCCUCAGAAUGUGCUGUGGACACUGACUCUGCCUCCCCCUGUGGCUCGGAAAACAGUAGCAUGGCUACAGGGAGUGCCCAGGGCAGCUUCCCAGGACACACAAAGAGGACAGGUGGCAGCAAUGGCAGCAGCGGUGCACUCAUCCAAAGCACUUCCAAUCAGAGUGCCCUUGGAGCAGGCGGGGCCAACGGCAACGGAAACUCAGCCCGCGUCUGGGGUGUAGCCACAGGCUCCAGCUCUGGUCUCGCUCACUGCUCCAUCAGUGGUGGGGAUGGACAGAUGGACAACAUGAUUGGAGAUGGGAGAAGUCAGAAUUGCUGGGGUGCUUCCAACUCCAAUGCUGGCAUUAAUCUUAACCUUAAUCCUAAUGCCAACCCAGCUGCCUGGCCUGUACUUGGACAUGAAGCAAACGUGGCGACAGGCAACCCUUCCAGUAUUUGUAGUCCGGUCAGUGCCAUAGGUCAAAACUUGGGCAACCAGAAUGGGAACCCAACAGGCACGUUAGGUGCUUGGGGAAACUUGCUGCCGCAGGAGAGCACAGAACCACAGACAUCCACGUCCCAGAAUGUGUCUUUCAGUGUACAACCUCAGAACCUUAACUCUGAUGGACCAAAUAACACUAACCCCAUGAACUCUUCACCAAACCCCAUCAAUGCAGUGCAGACAAACGGACUGCCGAACUGGGGGAUGGCUGUUGGUAUGGGAGCCAUCAUCCCGCCCCACCUGCAAGGCCUUCCUGGUGCUAACGGAUCAUCAGCUUCUCAAGUCAGUGGGGCUGGGGGUGAAGGAAUAAGCAGUUCUGUGUGGGGACUGUCCCCAGGUAACCCUACCACAGGAAAUAGCAAUUCUGGGUUCAGUCAGGGGAAUGGAGACACUGUGAACUCAGCAUUAAGUGCUAAACAAAACGGAUCCACUAGUGCUGUGCAGAAGGAAGGAAAUGGAGGAAGUGCUUGGGACUCAGGACCGCCUGCUGGUCCUGGAAUACUAGCUUGGGGAAGGGGCAGCGGUAACAGCGGUGUUGGCCAUAUUCCGUCGGGAGCUUGGGGCCACCCCAGCCGAAGCACCUCCAAUGGUGUGAAUGGGGAAUGGGGAAAGCCCCCAAACCAGCAUUCCAGUAAUGACAUCAGUGGGAAAGGACCAGCAGGGUGGGACAGUGCCAGCAUUAGUGGCCAGAGCCCCACCCUGCCGCCCAGUGGUGAACAGGUGACCUCUUGGGCCAAAGCUGCGUCUUCUGGAACGACCACCAGCGAAGGAAGCAGUGACGGUUCCGGCCAUCACCAUGAAGGAAGCGCUGGGAGGGAAGGAACUGCGGAAGGCCGCAGGCGAGAGAAAGGGGGUGCCGACCAAGGACACAUCCAGUUGCCAAGGAACGAUCUUGACCCAAGAGUCUUGUCUAACACUGGUUGGGGACAGACUCCUGUAAAGCAAAACACUGCCUGGGAAUUUGAAGAAUCCCCUAGGUCUGAGAGGAAAAAUGACAACGGGACAGAGGCCUGGGGCUGUGCAGCUACUCCGCCGUCACACUCAGGGGGCAAGAGCGAUGGGUCCGUCACGAACAGUGCAAAUACCUCUUCAGUAUCUGGGUGGGCCAGCUCACCUCCCGCUGCUGCGCCAGCACACGCAGGCUGGGGAGACGGCAGCAGCAGAGCGCCACACGGCCCAGGGGUUUGGGGAGACUCGAUGGGCUCUGCUGCUGUGACCAAUGCUGCUGCUGCCAAGGGCGGUCACGCUUGGAGUGGGACCGCCAGCCAGGAGGACAAGUCCCCCACCUGGGGUGAGCCUCAGAAACCCAAAUCUCAAAACUGGGGAGAUGGACAGAAAUCCAACCCAGCCUGGAGUGCAGGGGCGGGCGACUGGGCAGACUCAGCGUCCGUCCUCGGACACCUGGGGGAUGGGAAGAAAAACGGAUCUGGCUGGGAUGCUGACACCAGUAGGUCCGGGUCAGGUUGGAGUGACGCUCCGCGGACUGGGACCAGUGGGUGGGGCAGUGGCACAAAUGCAAAGGUUAAUCCAGGUACAAGCUGGGGGGAAUCUUUAAAGACUGGUCCCCAACAGAACUGGACUAACAAACCCCAAGACAGCAAUGCGAGUAACUGGGGAGGAGCUGCUUCUGUCAAACAGACAGGAACAGGGUGGAUCGGGGGGCCAGUAGCAGUCAAACAGAAGGACAGCGGGGAAGCCACUGGCUGGGAGGAACCUUCUCCACCCUCCAUCCGACGCAAAAUGGAAAUUGACGACGGUACCUCAGCUUGGGGUGACCCGAGCAACUACAACAAUAAAACUGUAAACAUGUGGGACCGAAACAACCCGGUCAUCCAGAGCAGUACCACCCCCACCACCCCCACCACCACUACUACCACCACCAGUAACAGCACGAGCGUGGUGGAGACGCCACCCGCACACCAGGCCAGCACGCAGCUCAGCCGGCCCCCGCUGCUCGGUUCAGGUAGGAGAGGAGCUCUGUUGUCAUCCGGCUGGGGAGAGAUGCCUAACGUCCAUUCAAAGGCCGAAACCUCCUGGGGAGAGCCGUCCUCCCCCUCCACCCUGGUGGACAACGGCACUGCAGCGUGGGGCAAGCCCCCCAGCAGCGGCAGCGGGUGGGGCGAGCAUCCUGCUGAGCCAGCCGUGACCUUCGGACGAGCCAGCGCCCCUGCUGCUACCCCAGCCCUGUGCAAACCAGCUUCAAAAUCUAUGCAAGAAGGCUGGGGCAGCGGUGGGGACGAAGUGAGCCUCAGCACCAGCCAGUGGGAGGAUGAGGAAGGAGACGUGUGGACUAACACUGCUUCCCAAGACAGCACGUCCUCCUGCAGCUCCUGGGGCAAUGCCCCUAAAAAAGGACUUCAGAAGGGCAUGAAGACAUCUGGCAAGCAGGACGAAGCCUGGAUCCUGACGCGGCUCAUCAAACAACUCACCGACAUGGGCUUCCCGAGAGAACCAGCUGAAGAGGCCUUGAAGAGCAACAGUAUGAACCUCGAUCAGGCCAUGAGCGCUCUGCUGGAAAAGAAGGUGGACAUGGACAAGCGUGGCCUGGGGGUGACCGACUAUAACGGAAUGGUCACGAAACCCCUCAGCUGCCGCCCACCAAUCUCCAAAGAGUCUUCCGUGGACCGCCCCACCUUUCUGGACAAGGACGGCGGCCUCGUGGAAGAGCCCACUCCUUCACCGUUUUUGCCUUCACCAAGCCUGAAGCUCCCCAUCUCGAGCAGCGCACUCCCCGGGCAGACCCUGGGUGGGCUUGCCUCCGGGCUGGGCAUGCCAAACUUGAAUUCUUCUAGACAGAUCCCGAGUGGCAGUCUGGGUAUGUUUGGCAAUAGCGGAGCAGCACAAGCCAGGACCAUGCCGCCGCCGCCGCCGCCGCCGCCAGCGCAACCUCUCAACUCCUCCCAGCCCGGUCUCCGUGCUCAAGUGCCUCAGUUUCUCUCCCCUCAGGUUCAAGCACAGCUUUUGCAGUUUGCAGCAAAAAACAUUGGUCUCAACCCUGCACUAUUAACCUCGCCAAUUAAUCCUCAACAUAUGACGAUGUUGAACCAGCUCUAUCAGCUGCAGCUGGCAUACCAACGUUUACAAAUCCAGCAGCAGAUGCUACAGGCCCAGCGUAACGUUUCCGGACCCAUGAGACAGCAGGAGCAGCAAGUCGCGCGCACAAUCACUAACCUGCAGCAGCAGAUUCAGCAGCACCAACGCCAGCUGGCCCAGGCCCUGCUCGCGAAGCAGCCGCCGCCCCCGCCCCCGCCGCACCUGUCCCUGCACCCCCCUGCAGGCAAGGCGGCCGCUGACAGCUUCCCCCCACACCCCCCGGCGCCCGGCCUCCCGGACCUGCACACCAAAGAGCAGCAGUCUUCACCCAACACCUUUGCUCCGUACCCUCUCGCCGGGCUGAAUCCAAACACGAAUGUAAACAGCAUGGACAUCACAGGUGGCUUGUCGGUGAAGGACCCGUCUCCGUCCCAGUCGCGUCUGCCUCAGUGGACUCACCCCAACUCCAUGGAGAACUUGUCCAGUGCUGCUCCCCCUCUUGAUCAGAACCCUGGAAAGCACGGUGCUAUCCCUGGAGGCCUGAGCAUCGGGCCUCCCUCGAAGUCCUCCAUUGACGACUCCUACAGCCGGUAUGAGUUAAUCCAGAACAACGAGUCACCGGCCAGUCCUCCUGUAGCUGUCCCCCACAGCUGGUCACGUGCCAAAUCCGACGGCGAGAAAGUCUCCAACGGCUCCAGCAUUAACUGGCCGCCAGAGUUCCACCCUGGAGUACCAUGGAAGGGACUUCAGAACAUCGACCCUGAGAACGAUCCUGACGUCACUCCCGGCAGCGUCCCCACAGGGCCCACGAUUAACACCACCAUACAGGACGUUAACCGCUACCUCCUCAAAAGUGGAGGUAAGCUGUCCGACAUGAAGUCCACGUGGUCCUCGGGCCCAGCCUCCCACACCCAAGCCUCUCUGUCCCAUGAACUGUGGAAGGUGCCCAGAAACACAACUGCACCCACUCGGCCACCCCCAGGGCUAACCAACCCCAAGCCUUCCUCCACCUGGGGAGCCAGCCCCCUCGGCUGGGCCAGCUCCUACUCCUCAGGUUCCACGUGGAGUACUGACGCCUCAGGAAGGACCAGCAGCUGGCUUGUUCUUCGAAACCUCACGCCCCAGAUCGAUGGCUCCACACUGCGGACACUGUGCCUGCAGCACGGUCCUCUCAUCACAUUCCACCUGAACCUGACGCAAGGGAACGCCGUGGUCCGCUACAGCUCCAAGGAGGAGGCCGCCAAGGCCCAGAAGUCCCUGCACAUGUGCGUGCUGGGGAACACCACCAUCCUGGCCGAGUUCGCAGGCGAGGACGAAGUGAACCGCUUCUUAGCACAGGGCCAGGCACUGCCCCCCACCUCCAGCUGGCAGUCCAGCGCGGGGACCACCCAGACACGGCUGGGGGCUUCGGGCGGUGCCCACGGCCUGGUGCGCGGCGAUGCCGGCCACUGGAGCGCCCCCUGCCUGGGCGGCAAGGGGAGCAGUGACCUGCUGUGGGGCGGGGUGCCCCAGUACUCGAGCAGCCUGUGGGGCCCCCCCAGCACCGAUGACGGCAGGGUGAUCGGCAGCCCCACCCCACUCAACACCCUGCUUCCUGGUGACCUCCUCAGCGGGGAGUCCAUCUAG